UCCAGCAUGGCAGACACUGCACAGGCCCAGGAGCUGGUGUACCUGGUCACAGGUGGCUGUGGCUUCCUGGGGGAACACGUGGUGCAGAUGCUGCUGCAGCGGGAGCCCCGCCUCCGUGAGCUGCGGGUCUUUGAUCUGCACCUGAGUCCCUGGCUGGAGGAGCUGAAGACAGGCCCAGUGCAGGUGACUGCCAUCCAGGGGGAUGUGACCCAGGCCCAUGAAGUGGAAGCAGCUGUGGCCGGAGCCCACGUGGUCAUCCACACAGCUGGGUUGGUGGACGUGUUUGGGAGGUCCAGUACCAAGACCAUCUACGACGUCAAUGUGCAGGGGACGCAGAAUGUGAUUGACGCUUGUGUCCAGACCGGAACACGGUUCUUGGUCUAUACCAGCAGCAUGGAAGUCGUGGGGCCCAACACCAGAGGCCACCCCUUCUACAGAGGCAAUGAGGACACGCCGUAUGAAGCAGUACAUUCACAUCCCUACCCUCGUAGCAAGGCCCUGGCAGAGCGGCUGGUCCUGGAAGCCAAUGGAAGGAAGGUCCACGGGGGACUGCCCCUGGUGACGUGUGCCCUGCGCCCCACGGGCAUCUACGGCGAAGGUCACCAGAUCAUAAGAGAUUUCUACCACCAGGGCCUGCGCCUGGGCUGUCGGCUCUUCCGGACCAUCCCGGCCUCCGUGGAGCAUGGCCGGGUCUACGUGGGCAACGUGGCUUGGAUGCAUGUGCUGGUGGCCCGGGAGCUGGAGAAACGGGAGGAACUGAUGGGUGGUCAGACGUACUUCUGCUAUGACAACUCACCCUACAAGAGCUACGAGGACUUCAACAUGGAGUUUCUGGGCCCCUGCGGCCUGCGGCUGGUGGGCACUCGCCCGCUGGUGCCCUACUGGCUGCUGGUGUUCCUGGCGGCCCUCAAUGCUCUGCUGCAGUGGCUGCUGCGGCCGCUGCUGCUCUACGCACCGCUGCUCAACCCCUACACGCUGGCCAUGGCCAAUACCACCUUCACCGUCAGCACCGACAAAGCACAGCGCCAUUUUGGUUACGAGCCCCUGUUCUCCUGGGAGGACAGCCGGAGCCGAACCAUUCGUUGGGUGCAGACCACGGGUUCAGCCCAGUGAGGGUGGGGCCUGGACCCUG